UACACGUCUGGACUCACUCCAACCUUUGCGUAAAUCUGCCUCGCCUUCGCCGCGGUACAUCCGCCAACACAGACGCCCGCAACCUCACCUCACCAAUAAACUGUUGAGCGCCCGCGCACUCCACCACCCCCUCGCCCAACCAUGGCAACCUCACAAGACAGAGGCCGUGACAGGACAAGUCGCCGUCUGAGCCGCAAGCGAAGAAACUCGGCGCGAGAAGCACGCGGUAUGUCGCUCGACGUGCCAGAGCGUUUUCGAGAUGGAGACGAUGCACAAGAAGACGUUACGGCGCCGAAGCGCAACAACACCAUGUCGAUGAACCAGUCGCUCUUCUCCAUGAUAGCACGUGCAGGGCAACAAUCACAAACAGACCUGGGUACGAUGGCUGAGGUUGACUCGGGGGAUAGCGAUGAUGGAGGUGGGAAGCGGAAAACAUACAGGAACCUCGACGGCGCAGCACGAUUGAGUCGACUGAGUUCCGCAAACGACUUCCAGAGUGCGGAGCAAGACGCAGAUGAUAAGUUGGACAAGGGAAAGCAUAGACGGACGCUUUCUGAGAAUAAAUACUUGCGCAACUUGCCCAAGUUGAAGUUAUCGAGCAGGAAAGAGGGACAAGCGCAAGGGCGGACGUCGAACCGCAGCGAUCAGAACCAGAUGUCAAGCAGCCAGUUCUUGCCGCCGAAGCCGUCGCCAGACGACCUUGCGAGUCCACCGCCGCCGAGCGCGACGCCGACCAAGACCAAGACCAAGGACAAAGACAAGAAAGACAUCGGCGCCGGCGAGGACAUGGCGGUAGACAAAGCACAGGCCUCUAGUCGCAAGAGCAGACAUGGAAGCAGCGCCGGGCUAGCUAAGAGCAAAACGCCCGUCACGCUCGCGCAGAGGAUACAGCAGAUAUUUGAAUUCGAAGAGGUGGAAGAAGUCAUUUCCGAAUACGCAUGCUGGCUGCUUCAGAGCAUCUUGCUGCAGGGGUACAUGUACGUUACGCAGAAGCAUAUAUGCUUCUACGCCUAUAUCCCUAAGAAACAUCACGAUGUCAGCAAGACGGGCUAUCUGUCGAAGCGCGGCCGGAGCAAGUUUAAUCGGUAUUGGUUCGUAUUGAAGGGGGAUGUCCUAGGUUACUACACCAACCCCGCCGAAUUGUACUAUCCCCGGAACCGGAUCAAUUUGCAGUACGCGAUUUCUGCCGAGGUCAUCGAUCCCUCCUCCGCCAAUACCAAGAAAGGGGAAGAAGAGACCAGCUUCGCCAUCACUACGGACGAGCGGCGCUACCUGUUCAAAGCGGAUUCCGCAGCUAGUGCCAAGGAAUGGACGCGUGCUAUCCAAAAAGUCAUCUUCAGGACGCAUAAUGAGGGGGGCAGUGUGAAGAUUUGCUUGCCGAUUGGCAAUGUGAUUGAGAUUGAGGAGAGCAAGAUGUUGGAUUUGGCACAGACGGUGCGAGUGAGGGUUGUGGAUAAUGAUGAGACGUUUGCUAUUGAUGAGUAUUUCUUCUCCUUUUUCAACAAAGGCCAGGAUGCGCUGAAUGUUCUGCGCAUCAUGAUCAACGAUAACGAGCACCACCAGGCUCUGCAGCAGCAGGGUGGUGACGGCGAAGCGUCUACACCAGUAGCAACACCGACUAUUAGUACCGAGACACCACACAUUCACGAGAACGUUCGGGCUACGCUUUCACCUUUGCCGGCACCUCAUGCGGGACGGACCAGUAUAAGCGAUGUGUCUGCGAGGUCUAGCAAUGAUGCGAAUAGAAAGAGCUGGGAUGUGCGACGUAGUAUGGACGCGGGCCGCGGCUUUCGACGAACGAGCCAGGAAGUCCGACGGCCUAGUCAUGAGGUACGACGGAGCUUCAGUAAUAGAGGUCGCCAGGGAGACAGGACUCCGGGGAUAGUGGGUGGGGGAGGCAGUGGGGGAGGUGGAAGUCACUCGCGUCAGUCGCCCGGGGCAGCGGACUCGGAAUCGGCCUUUGACCCAGGUACAGAGUCGUCCGUCGCCAUCCAAUCUAUGGACGAGAGCGGCGCCUCCGCUUCUCAAAUCCUAGACCGCUCCGACGUUUUCCGGGGACCCGUCAAUACGCCUCUUCACAAGCUCGACACACACACCAGACACUCACAGGACACGGCGCGAUCGACUCAGCCAAAGUCCGCUAAUCGUUCAAAGCGACCCCAAACACCGACUGGCGCGCCUGAGUUCGAAGAUGAUACCGACAACAGCGCGCAACCGCGCCUAUCAGGUUCAUCAUCCGCUCUACAAGAUCUCGCUUCCUACCCGCUUCAGAAGGCUUCGGGCUUGGCGGGCUUUCUCAGAACGCGCUCAAAGAAGAUUAGCAAUCUACUCACCGGCGGCGAGUCUAUGGGUUACUACGAAAAGGUGUCCGGCAUGCUUGCAGGUGGGCGAAAGCAUUACAACACAGCCGAGGGACUAGAGACUGGCGACCAAAUUCACGGGUUCGAGGACGACGAGGAUGCCGCGAAGGCUGCGGAGAACUUCCGGGAUCACUUCGCCUUCCCCGAGACUGAAGUCCUCCAGUCAUCAUUCUUCGCGUCACUCCAGCGUCUUGUGCCAAACUAUGGCAAAAUCUACAUCAGUGGGAGAUAUUUUUGUUUCCGCAGCUUGAUGCCAAUAUCCAAGACUAAGAUCAUUCUUCCCAUGCGGGAUAUUGAGAAUGUCAACAAGGAGAAGGGAUUUCGACUAGGCUACCAUGGUCUCACCGUCGCCAUCAAGGGCCACGAAGAGCUCUUCUUUGAAUUUUCAAAGGCUGAGUACCGCGAUGAGUGUGCAAUCAUGGUGCUCCGCGUUCUGGAGAACACAAAGUACCUCCAAGAGGAGGAUUCGUCGUCUUCGGGCGUGGAUAGCGAUGACGAAGCUGCAAAGGCAGAACACGAUUUGCUACAACAAGCUCGCGAACAUACCGAUACGGACAAGCCAGCUAACAUGUCGGAUAUCGUCCGCGCUGCAGAUCACGACCGCAUUCCCCUCAUUUUCGACGACCCGCUCGCCUCCUUCGUCGACUUCAAGCCCUCGGAGCCCUUGACAAUCGUCUGCCUCACCAUUGGAUCCCGCGGCGACGUCCAGCCCUACAUCGCGCUAUGCAAAGAACUCCUCAAGGAGGGUCACAAACCACGCAUCGCAACGCACGCCGAAUUUGAACCCUGGGUCCGUAAACACGGUAUCGACUUCGCAGUCGUCGACGGCAAUCCUGCAGAGCUGAUGCGCAUCUGCGUUGAACACGGCAUGUUCACCUACGGCUUCAUGAAGGAAGCCAAUGCCAAAUUCCGCGGCUGGCUCGACGACGUCUGCAGCUCCUCCUGGCGCGCGUGCCAAGGCGCCGACGUCCUCAUCGAGUCUCCCAGCACCAUGGCGGGCAUUCACAUUGCCGAAGCGCUUGAAAUACCGUAUUUCCGCGCCUUCACCAUGCCGUGGACACAGACACGUGCGUACCCACAUGCCUUUACUGUUACAGAAAAGAAGAUGGGUGGAACGUAUAACAAUUACACGUACACGGUUUUCGACAAGGUGUUUUGGACUGCCAUAGCCAAUCAGGUGAACAAGUGGCGGAGGAGAGAGUUGGGACUGCAGGCCACGAAUCAGCAUAAGAUGCAGGCCAAUCUGCGUCCUUUUCUCUACAACUUCAGUCCGCAUGUUGUGCCGCCGCCACUGGACUGGCCGGAUUGGGUCAGGGUUACUGGAUACUGGUUCUUGGACGAGAGUGAGAUGUAUGAGCCGCCGAAGGAGCUGAUGGCGUUUAUCGAGAAAGCGAGGAGAGACGGCAAGAAGUUGGUCUAUGUGGGCUUUGGAUCCAUUGUUAUUGAUGAUCCGGCUGCGCUUACCAAGACGGUUGUGGAUUCGGUGCUCAAAGCAGAUGUCCGCUGCGUCCUCAGCAAAGGCUGGUCUGAUCGCCUCAUGGACCCUACUACCAAGGAUGCUUCGAAACCCGAGAUUCCUCUCCCGGAAGAGAUUUUCCAGAUUCAAUCUGCGCCGCAUGAUUGGCUGUUCCGGCAGAUGGAUGCAGCGGUGCAUCAUGGAGGCUCUGGUACUACGGGUGCCAGUCUGCGAGCCGGUAUUCCUACCAUUAUCAAGCCCUUUUUUGGAGACCAGUUCUUCUUUGCGCAGAGGGUCGAGGAUAUGGGUGUGGGGGUUUGGCUCAAGAAGGUCAAUACGAGUGUUUUUAGUCGCGCGCUGUGGGAGGUUACGAAUUCCCAGAGGAUGAUUGUCAAGGCUAAAGUUUUGGGACAGAAGAUUAGGAAGGAUAAUGGUACACAAACUGCCAUUCAAACAAUCUACCGCGAACUCGAUCGUGCGAAGACGCUCAUCAAGAAACAGGCUAAGCAGCCGGGUGAUGAGGGGGAUGCGACGGAUGAAGAGAUUGAGGCUGAUUGGACGCUUGUAGAGGAAGGCGAGGAGAUGGAUGCUGUUGCUAAGCAUAUGGCUGAGCAGGCUGCUAUGGGAGGUAUACAGCAGGAUGCAUCGCGUACUGGAGGUGGGUCGUUGGUGCUGGGUAGUAUGGUUCUCAAGGGUGGGGGUGGGAUGAGGAGGACGAGUGAGUGAGUGAGUCUGUGAAGAGGGAGUAAUUGCCAUGUUUGAGGGAUUGAACGCCUUUCUCUUUUCAACGUUUUGGAGUAUGAGCAUGGAGUAUUAGGCGUUUUUCUUUUUCUAAAGAGAACUUUGACGGACUAGACGUUAAUUAGAUUGCAAAGAUACCACGCGGUUAUGAAU